AUGGCUGAAGAGAUUGUGAUUGAUAGGAACUCAUUUUUCAACCGAUUGUCCAGCUUCUACGCGGCAUGGAGAGCAGACAAGCGAACGAACCACCCAAUAUUUGGCGGUGUUAGUUCGAUCGUUAUUCUCAUGGGAAAGACAGAUGAGGCGAAUACUUUUCAGAAGAACAAUGCGAUGCAUUUCUGGUUACUUGGCUACGAAUUUCCAGCGACGCUUAUCGUUCUCACAAUCGACGCAAUUUAUGUUGUGACAACUGCAAAGAAAGCCAAACACCUUGAGCCGCUGAAAGGGGGCAAGAUCCCAGUUGAAAUUCUGGUAACCACUAAAGAUCCAGAACAAAAGCUUAAGGCGUUCGAGAAAUGCACGGAAGUGAUCAAAAAUGCUGGGAAAAAAGUUGGUGUGUUACCGAAGGAUACUACAACUGGCCCAUUCGCGGAUGACUGGAAGCGCGCCUUUGCCAAUAUAUCAGGCGAAGUCGAAGAAGUUGAUAUAUCACCCGCCCUAUCCGCUGCUUUCGCAGUGAAGGACACCGAUGAAUUAGUCUCGAUUAGAAAGGCUUCGCGAGCUUGCAGCGGCCUGAUGUCUGAAUACUUUGUCGAAGAGAUGUCGCGCCUGCUUGACGAAGAAAAGCAAAUGACUCACAAAGCUUUGUCCGCGCGGGUUGAUGCCAAAAUCGAUGAUGCCAAAUUCUUCAACAAAUUGGCGAAGCUGCCAGCCGAAUUUGAUGCUCAACAGAUUGAUUGGGCUUACGGACCUGUGAUUCAAAGUGGAGGGAAGUAUGAUCUCAGGCUCACAGCUGUGUCUGAUAACAAUAGUCUUGAACCAGGCAUCAUCAUAGCUGGGUUUGGAAUUCGCUAUAAGACGUAUAGUUCAAUCAUUGCGCGCACAUACUUGGUAGAUCCAAGCAAGUCUCAAGAAACGAAUUAUGCAUUUUUACUCGGUCUGCACGAAGCUGUCAUGAAGGAGGUGCGUGACGGUACGGUGGCUAAAGACCUAUACAACAAGGCGCUCAACCUCAUCCGGACAAAGAAGCCUGAACUUGAGGGUCAUUUUGUCAAAACCGUGGGUGCCGGUAUCGGAAUCGAACUUCGGGAUUCCAACAUGGUACUCAACGGAAAGAACAACAGGGCUCUAAAAAGCGGGAUGACUCUUUCCAUCACAGUGGGACUUACGGAUGUUGAAGAUCCGGAUUUGAAAGGGAGGAAAAACUCGACUUAUUCCAUGAUCAUUACAGAUACUGUCCGUGUUGGGGAAAAUGGGCCGCACGCAUUCACCAAGGACGCCGGUAUUGACAUGGACUCUGUAUCGUUCUACUUUGGAGACGAAGAGGAACCUCAGAAGCCAGUCAAGGAGAAGAAGGAAGCGAAAAGUAGCGCCAUUGCGAGCAGAAAUAUCACAAGAACAAAACUUCGAGCUGAACGACCAACCCAGAUCAACGAAGGCGCCGAGGCUCGACGUCGUGAGCACCAAAAGGAGUUAGCAUCGAAAAAAACAAAGGAAGGCCUUGAUCGAUUCGCUGGUACUACUGGGGACGAUAACGGCGUCGCUCAGAAGAAAUUUAAGCGCUUCGAAUCGUACAAGCGGGAUAAUCAACUUCCGACGAAAGUGAAAGAUCUCAUGGUAUAUGUUGACCAGAAAGCAUCAACAGUAAUAGUUCCUGUGAUGGGUCGACCAGUUCCGUUCCACAUCAACACCAUCAAGAAUGCCAGCAAGAGCGAUGAGGGCGAGUAUGCAUACCUUCGCAUCAACUUCCUUUCCCCCGGCCAAGGGGUUGGGAGAAAGGAUGACCAACCUUUUGAAGAUCUAUCGGCUCAUUUUUUGCGAAAUCUAACCCUUCGGUCGAAGGACAACGAACGACUGGCUCAAGUGGCUCAAGAUAUCACUGAACUUAGGAAAAAUGCUUUGAGGCGGGAGCAAGAGAAGAAGGAGAUGGAAGAUGUGGUUGAGCAAGACAAGCUUGUUGAGAUCCGAAACCGCCGACCUGUGAAGUUACCUGACGUCUACCUUCGACCUCCAUUAGACGGCAAACGGGUUCCUGGUGAGGUCGAAAUACAUCAGAAUGGUCUUCGGUACAUGUCACCCUUUCGGAAUGAGCAUGUCGAUGUACUCUUUAGCAACGUCAAGCAUCUGUUUUUCCAGCCUUGUGCCCAUGAAUUGAUAGUCCUCAUCCACGUCCAUCUGAAGACACCGAUUAUGAUCGGUAAAAGAAAAACGAGAGAUGUGCAAUUUUACCGGGAAGCUACCGAGAUGCAAUUUGACGAAACCGGCAACCGCAGACGCAAGCAUCGCUACGGGGAUGAAGAGGAGUUUGAAGCAGAGCAAGAAGAAAGACGACGGAGAGCAGCUUUGGACAGGGAGUUUAAAGCCUUUGCGGAGAAAAUCGCCGAUGCUGGAAAGGACGAAGGCGUGGAUGUCGACAUCCCGUUCCGGGAGAUUGGCUUCACCGGUGUCCCCAACCGCUCGAAUGUCCUAAUUCAGCCAACGACUGAUGCUCUCGUUCAAUUGACUGAGCCUCCUUUCCUGGUCAUUACUUUGAAUGAGAUUGAGAUAGCGCAUCUUGAAAGAGUCCAGUUCGGACUGAAAAACUUUGAUAUGGUUUUUGUUUUCAAGGACUUCCACAGGCCACCAGUACACGUUAAUACCAUUCCUGUUGAAGCCCUGGAGAGCGUGAAGGAUUGGCUGGAUUCAGUCGACAUUGCUUUCACCGAAGGACCUUUGAACCUUAAUUGGACAACGAUCAUGAAGACGGUUGUGAGUGAUCCAUAUGGUUUCUUUGCCGAUGGAGGCUGGUCAUUCUUAGCAGCAGAAUCAGACUCGGAAGACGGAUCUGAGGAAGAGGAAGAAUCUGCAUUUGAACUUUCCGAGUCGGAGCUGGCAGCAGCCGACGAAAGUUCAGAGGAUGACAGCGAAUUUGAUGACGAUGCUAGUGCCGAGGAGAGUGAUUUUAGUGCCGAGGAAGAGAGUGGCGAGGAUUGGGAUGAACUCGAGCGGAAAGCAAAGGAGAAGGACAGGGAAAUGGGCUUCGAUGAGGAAGAGCGUAGUAAAAAACGAAAGCGCUAG